AAUUAUAUUUAUGCCAUUCAUUGAUUAAAUAGGUAUAAAUAUUUUGAGGACACCAGGGUGAUUAAAAGGACAUAUCUGAGGAAACCACACAAAAGCAAAUAAAUGAGUUAUGUAAAUUGAGAAGUACAUUUAUAUACAUAUACAAAGACACAAUGCCAUGUACUAUUCUCCAACAUGUAAACUGCAGUAAAAAAUGAGAGCACUAAUUGGAGACUUUGCAGGCAACACCUCAGCACACGGUUGGGGUAACGUCACACAAACUAAAUCUAAGUUAGCUAAAGCUGCAUGGAUAUUUAUAUCCUCUGCAUGCUGUAUUGUGGCGUUGUUUCUUAUCAUCAAGGUUGUUUUAAAAUAUUGUGAGUUUAACACAAAGGACAGUAUAAGAGUCGCAAAGGAUGAAGCUGUUUUCCCUUCAGUAACAGUAUGCCCUUUAUCUCCUAUAACAAGGAAAGCGUUGGCGACCUUUGGGAAAGAUUUAGCAGAGAAUAAUAGUGUUGCAUUUUCAAUGUUAGCUUAUAAUAACUUGCUUUAUAUGUUGGGACAAUACCAGUUGAACGUUUCUAGCCUACAGAACGCAAGUGAAGAAAUACAGCUGCUAUACAAUCAGUCUCAUAAAAAACUCAAGACCAAUGGGGGAUACUAUGAAAAUUUUCAACAUCAGAGAUAUAACAUUACACAAAAUGAUUUCAUACCAUCUUGCAAGUACCAGAGUAAAAUGUGCACAGAAGAACUAUACCAAAGUGGCCACCAUGAACAUUUCAGCUGUUUCACAUUUAAUGGACCUUUGUCAAAUAUCUCCAGUUUGGACGUUGAUAGAGGACCGAGUGCUGGCUUGUCUUUAAUACUCUAUCUGGAUACUGAUGUAGAACAUUCGACUUUCUACGACCCAGAUUACCCAACCAGUGGCAGUCGAGGAGCGCGGGUUGUCAUCCAUGAACAAGGAACAUGGCCAGACCCAGAGAAUGAUGGUUUUGAUAUCAAAGCAGGGAAUACUGUCAAUGUUGCAUUAUCCGCUGAAAGACGUGAGCUGAUGGGUCCCCCAUGGGGCGACUGUGCAGACCAUAAUGACGUAAAAUAUGAAAAGUGGAAAUAUAGCACAAAAGCUUGUAUACAGACCUGUAUACAGAGGCUGGUUUUUAAAAGGUGUGGAUGCAUACUAGGUUCACUACCAGUUGAUGACAAAACUAAAGAUGUUGAAUUCUGUGCAAACAUUCAAUCACAGGAAUGGCAGAAGAGUGACCCAAAUGUCACACUACUCAGGCAGGAUUUAAAUCAACUGAAUUGUUCCAUACAAGAAUUUUCCUGGUUAGAUAUUCUUGCGCAAGAAGGCUGCGAAUGCAAGGACAAUUGUAAAAAUGACAAGUAUGACAUCACAUUAUCUGAUUCGGAAUGGCCAAUGAAGGGGAUUGAGUUUCAUUUUUAUUGCGAUAUGAUCAUGAAACUUGUCAAUUAUAAUGAAAAUUCGAGUAUUUAUCAGGCCUUUCAUGAUAGAAUAGCUUCAAAUUGUUCUUCCUUAGCAUAUGAUGCUGAAGGAAAAAAAAUUAUAAACAAGGAUAUAGGAGAUGAUUUGCGCGAACAAUUUCUCCGAUUGAAUGUUUAUUUCAAAGAUUCGAACACAAAGGUAACAACUCAAACUGAGGAUUUUUCAUUAGGUUCAAUGGUUUCUGAAAUUGGUGGAAAUUUAGGUUUGCUAGUUGGGAUGUCAGUGAUUUCUAUGAGCGAGGUAUUCGUUUUAUGCUUUGGUAUUUUGGCCAUUCUUAUAAGUAAAUCCAAAGUACAAACUAAGAUAGAAACUAUAAAAGAUACCAUGGAAUACCCAUGAUUUUAAUCUCAAUACAAAUGGUCACAUGUAAAGUCACUUUAUUUAUAUAAUGUUCUAUUUGAAUUUUCAUUUAAAUUAUUGAACAAGUUUAAGUGGUACAACUACUGUUAUUACUCUUUUGGUUUCUUCUAAGAAUAAAACCUACACAUAAGAUUGCACAGUAUAUGUGACCCUCUUGUAACACUCUAAUUAAAUACAGAAUACAGAUAUGUUUCUUUUGACUUAUCUGACUAUUAUUUUCUUUAUGCUCUGCUGUACCCCCUGAUUAGCCUCAGUUCCAAAAACAUGUUUAAAUUAAUUAUGUUUGUAUUCAUUCCUGUGAUUGAAGUCAAAUGGUUUGACCUGUGAGGAUCGGCCUCGUAGGACACUUUUGU